AUUACUAAGAAAACGUUAUGAAAAUGAUACUAUAAAUAGAUGAGAAGGGAUUUGUGGUAAUCAUCUUAUACACUGUAAUCGUAUAAACCUUCUGCAACAAAAAAUGGCACAUUUGUAUGAAAUCCGAGAGAAACAAAGAGCUCAUGGCCCAGCCACCAUACUCGCCAUUGCCACUGCAAAUCCAUCCAACUGCAUUUACCAAUCUGACUUCACUGAUUAUUACUUUCGAGUCACCAAGAGCGAUCACAUGACCGAUCUCAAGGCCAAGUUAAAGCGCAUAUGUGAGAAGUCUAUGAUAGAGAAACGGUACAUCCACCUGACUGAAAAAAUGCUGAAAGAAAACCCCAACAUAAGCACUUACGAGGAACCAUCGUUGAAUGCACGACAAGACAUACUGGUCGAGGAGGUUCCUAAGCUUGGUGAGAAGGCAGCAUCUAAAGCCUUAAAGGAAUGGGGCAGGGCAAGAUCAGAUAUUACUCAUCUCAUAUUUUGCUCCACCUCGGGCGUAGACAUGCCUGGUGCUGAUUACCAACUUGUCAGGCUCUUAGGCCUCAAACCAUCCACCAAAAGGUUCAUGUUAUACCAUCAAGGUUGUUUUGCUGGUGGCACCGUGCUUCGUCUCGCUAAAGACCUUGCUGAAAACAAUGUUGGAGCACGCGUUCUCGUGGUGUGUUCUGAGAUCACAGUUGUCACCUUUCGUGGACCCCGUGAAACACACUUGGACUCGUUGGUGGGACAAGCACUCUUCGGAGAUGGAGCUUCAUCAGUGAUCGUGGGA